GAUUGGGUAAACAAGUUUGAAAAACCCAACACAGCACCAAACUCACUCCAGCCAAGCACCACUGUUCUUAGUCCAUAUGUGAUGUUUGGAUGCCUCUCAGCCAGACUUUUUUAUCAUCGAUUGUCUGAUAUUUACUCAAGGGUAAGUAAUCAGAAUAAUUUUACUGAUUAGUUUUACAUUUAGGCAUUUCUUUCAAGCCCAGUUAAAAAUGGCGCUGCUUAUAUACAUCUCACCUCGACUUUUUGGUAACCAACCAUUGCUAUUUAAGUCUUGUGUCUUUCCUGUCUAUACCUAUACUUACAUUGUUUCUAACUGCUGCGUAUUUUACAGGCUAAAAAGCACUCUAACCCACCAGUUUCUUUGCAUGGGCAGCUUCUGUGGAGAGAAUUUUUUUUCACUGCAGCAUAUGGAACUCCUAACUUUAACAAGAUGGAGGGUAAUAGUGUCUGCCUGCAAGUUCCAUGGGACAACAAUCCAGAGUUUGUCAAAGCUUGGGCUGAGGUGUGUACAGUAUGGGUCUAGUGAUGAAAACAGCAAUGUGUUCACCCCAUGUAAGGGAAACCAAGACUUUCUUGGAUUCUGGAUUCCAUACUGUGGAUUCCGGAUUCCAGAUUAGUUGUCAGUGGACUUUGGACUCCGGAUUCCAUCGUAAGUGGGAUUCUGGGUUCAUAGGGCUGAAUUCAGGAUUCCAAAGCACAGGGUUUCAGAUUCCAGGGACAAAAAUUUGCCAAAUUCUGGGAUCUGGAUGACCUUACAUGGGGCGUAAUGACUAUGUUGUUUUAAAAAGUUUCUUUCUCCCUACAGCCGAACCAAUGGUAACAACUCUUGUAAUCUGUUCUUAGCCUGCUGUCAGACUGAUUGAAAACAACAUUCACAUGAGAGGAAUCGUUUGGUCAUAUUUUCCCAGUCAUAUUUCUUUUGGGUAGUGCAACUUUUUCACAGGCAGAAACAAAUUUUACAAAGAACUAGGAAUGCAUCCUUGUUAUUCGAGCUUCAAUUUAAAUUACUUACUUAGGUCCUUAUCCCCAGUUAAAGAAAGUUUGUCUCUCUCCAUCUGCUCCAACAGCCAUUGAUAACGCGACAGAAGUUAGGGAACUGACCUAACACAUUAGCCAAAUGGCUUAAGACGUCGGCGAACAGGAAGUUGGUGAAUGGACCGUAAAUCUUUGCCUCCAAUACUAAGUCAACGUAAUUUUUUGUUCGUAACCGGCCUUGAGUAUUUUUUUUUUCAACUGUGCUUGGGAUGAUUGGAUGUCUAUUGUUUUGUUGUUCGUAUUAUUUGAAGGCACGAACUGGAUAUCCCUUUAUCGAUGCCAUCAUGACACAACUGAGGAGGGAGGGGUGGAUUCAUCAUCUUGCACGUCACGCCGUGGCUUGUUUCUUGACCAGAGGAGACUUAUGGAUCAGCUGGGAGGAGGGUUUAAAGGUAAGUCAUAUCCCUUGUUAAACAGCCCCAUGUUAACUUGUUUCAACAGUUAGCAGACUUCAAAGAGGUGAAGAAAGGGUGUAUUAAGUUACUCUGAUAGCUGAAUCGCGCUUGACACGCUGUACACCUUGGUAGUGCGUAUAGCGGCUAAAUCCCCGCCAAAGAGAAUGGUAGUGGUGGUUGUAGUGACUUUAGUAAAGUGUCAGUCAUUCUAACAGUCACACACUAAUUGGAGACACUAUAUUAUAAAAUAAUAUACCCUAUUUUCAUAUUACAUGUACAACAUAAAUAUUAAAAUAAGCUAUUGCCCAGUGACAUUAAAAAAAUGUGGCUUUAAAAACUAUUAAAAAAUAUGAUAUAAAAAACUAUAUUGCCCGGUGCCAUAAAAAAAAAUAUGACGUAUAUACGAACAUUAGAGUGAUUUUACUUGACCCGUGAAACGGAUACUAACAACUUGUGCAAAAUAGCCACUAGUAAACAAAGCAAGACAACAGAAUUAGUGCAUAAUAGUGCAUAGUACUCUACUACCUAUUUCAUGGGUGAAGUAAAAUCACUCUAAAAAAAAUUAAAAUCAACUAGUUCAUAAAUAGCGGCCUUUACAACCCCUCUGUUCCAUUUCCGCUGACAAGUCUCUUUUCCUUAUCGAACAUUGAAAAGCGUUCAGUCUAUUCAUGUCACGUUCCUUGUUAGUCAACUUGGACCUCAGAAAAGGUCCUAAAUAUGACAGAGAAUGUUUUCCAUACUUUAUAGUGUUAAAGCAUGGCACGAUAAAAUCAGAGUUCCUUAGAUUAUAUCGUUUUUCUCCCUCUCCUUGAAGGUUGAAAAGGUCCUGCAGAUACUUUGGUAAUAGAUUGUUCUUUAGCUUUAAACAUAAGAAUUGGUAUGUCUAUAAAGAGUCGUUAGAUUGUCCUGCCGGGGUAAAUUGUCGUGAGUCCGGUCUGUUGUUAAAUACAGUGCGCUGAGCUCUCUCCUGUAACCUUUCCAGUUUGCGCCAGUCCUACGCUCUACAAAAAUUUCAGACUGUACUAGAAAAAACUUUCUUUCUUGCGGACUUAUGGGCACAGUAUUUGCUACUUACUCAGGGUUCUAUCUAGGGUAUUUUUGGGGUAGAAGCUUCCCCCAAAUUGCCCAGCUUUCCCCUCAAAUAUAUUGUUAUCAUUACAGUAUAUAAGUAACUAUCUUGAAAAAAUGAUCCAGACGCAACAAGGUCAGUGCACGUGUAUUAGUAUUCCCUGUCUAAGGACAAUAUAUGACAAGGAGCAUGGAGUAUUAUUUUAAAAUAAAAUACCACUGUAACAUUUCUCAAAUUUGUGUCUCAAAAUGCACCAGAUUGCAUCUCAGCGCAUAUUCAUUUCAAAACAAUUCCGGAGGGGCAUGCCCCCGGAUCCCCCUAGGAAACUCGUAGUCCUCGGCCACUCGGGAUUUCUCAUUCAAACGGUAAAUCCAAGAUAGAACCCUGUUACUCCUUUUGUAACUGUAUCCGGUCGUGGCAUUGCUCACUUUUGCGCAGGUUCCAGGUUUGCAGGAUAUCUGUUGCCUGCGUGCAGACGUCCCCUAUUUCCUUUGCACGUGUGUAGACUACGAGUUAGCCUGUGCCAAGCUCUCAGAUAGUAUAGUGGGAACGUAUUAAAACGAGCAAAGCGAAAAUAAGACGCGCACGACUUGGGAAAGGGGGCGGUGGCGGCGGGAAAAAUGGGAGAGAGAGCCUGUUAGCAUUUCUUUAACGACCCUCUUCCGCCCAUUUUUGUCACGUCUGGAUUCGGCUGUCAAAACUGUUAACACUUCAGUUAGCUACAAUGAUUCUCAAGUUUCUCGCGUGAGCAUUGCACGCGACGCGAACUCCUUGUGCGAUGUGUGGAAAUUUAUGUCUUCAAAUUCCUUAUCCUGUGAGAGCAUCCGUUUUUUUGGCUCUAGUUUAUAGCAAUAAAAGGGGGCGGUAAGUUUUUUCCUCUGUUGGGUAGGUUAUGCUCUGGAAGGUUCUACAUUGUCACUGAGCAAAUGUGACUUUAGCCGCUUGUUUCACACUGAGAGGUCAUGGCACACAUAUCGAUUUACUGUGGCGUUUGUUUCUGGUCGGCAGGAUUUGCCCUCUGAUGAGAGAGCAUUUUCUUUGACCUCUAAUUUGAAGCGUAAAGCUUUUUAUUGCGACUGAAUAAGGGUUUUAAUUUUCUCCAAAGUGCUUUCUGGAUCUGACUAAAGCGAUUUUCUUUAGUCCGUGAAUGUAAUGUUUUUCUGCAAUGUUGUAUCACGCUGGGCCAAGCUCGUUAGUUUUCUUUGCAGAAUGUUAAAUUAUCACGGAUAGUGAUUUACAGAUCCAGAAUUAUAAGAAUGAAGUGCAGCUUAAACUUAAGCUACAUCAACUAAGGAGAAUUGCAUUGUGACUUAGUAAACUCCAGCUUAAUAGAGUUUCUCUUAAAAUAGUGUGAGUCUUUUGACUGGAGCGCGUAGUUUCUCCCUUGGUAAUAACGGAAUAAGCUUAACAGUCUUUGGACUGUUUUGUUAUUGCCACUUUGUGAUCAACCAGGACUCCGGAUUACCGAAAAUAAUUUCGCACUUUCCUUCUCUCUCUUUCUUCUCGUCCUCCUCUCCCUCUUCACCGAUGCCAAAUAGCUGCGGCCGAAAAUCCAAGCUUUUUCUAUUGUUCCACUUGGUCUCGCAUUAUAGAUAUCAGCGGCGAAACGACUAUUAUCGUAGAGUUUUCUAGGGCUAGAGCAGCUUUAGCCAAGCGUGGGAAUAGCUGAAAGAUUCAACUUUUGCCGAAACCGGUGGGCAUAAUACCGAAAACAUCUUUACCGCGAGCCAAGUCGCAGACACUCUUCUAAAGGACAAGACAACGCGGAUUCAUGAAGAUCACACGCGCGAUUCGCGUUAGCCAUCUUUGUGAUGACAAACUGAUGACCACCCUACUAGGUGAUGAUGUUAACUGUCACAAUUGACCAAUCAGAGGGUAUAUCAGGAGCUGAUAUACCGGAACAGGCCGUUAAAAAAAUGCGUACAGGCUCCGCCGCCCUGUCUCUCCCCAGCUCCCGCGCUUUUUUCGCAUUUCUUAUUACUGAACGAUUUUCCACCAACAUCUCGGAGCUUGGAACAGGCUAACUACGAGUAGUCUCCCAUUUUUCCUCAGAGAUAGUAGAGCGAGCGAAACGCGAGCGAGCGUGAAAAUCACCCCACGCGAGAAAAGGCGACACGCGGCGGGGAGAGAGAAAAAUGAGGGACUACAGACAAAGCCCAAGCUUUUGACCCUUCACGGCCGACUGAUUUUGGAGAGUAAAAUUCGUAUCCCCUUCCAAAUCAAUAAAGCGCAUCCAAUGGGAUUCCUUCCCUUAUUGAGCUGUCAUUGCUCUUGUCAUCGGUAAACUGCGGGGGAUAUUUAUUGCUAGCAAAGGAAAACCCAGAUACUAAUUUUCUUCACGGCUAUUUCGCGUAAAGAACUUGAUAGUGUAGGCAACAAACGACUUUUACUCAUGGCAAAAUGCUGCUUGUUCCAAUGAUUUUUUUUUCUCUGACGGGUAGAUCAUGCUCUGGAGGAAAACGUCUCGACUGAGCAAAUAUGAUUUUUGCCGCUUAUUUCAUACUGAGAGGUCGUGACACCCAUUUUAAUUCUCUGCGGUUAUUGUUUAUGGUCGGCAUGAUUUGCCCUCCGAUGCAAGAGCAUUUUCUUUGACCUCUUUUGAAAAGUAAAGCUCUUCAAUGCUGCUAAAUAAGGGUUAGGGUUGUUUAAUUUCUCCGGCGAUUGCCUCCUGGAUCUGAACAAUUUUAAGCGAUUUCCUUUUUGGCCGUGAAUGUGACGGUUUCCUGCAAUGUUUUGUCAUGCUGGGCCCAGCUCGUUAGCGUUUUUAGCAGGACGAAUAUAUAUAGUGAUAUCCAAAUCUCGAAGAAUGGAUUGCAUCUUAGACUAAAACUACAUCAACUAUGGAGAACUGCGAUGUGACUCAGUCAUGACUGCUCACGAAUUUUAACUGCCGCUUGUUCUUCUUGAGAUAAUGUGAGUAUUUGGACUGGAGCACGCAAUUCCUCCCUUGGUGAUAACUUUUGAAUUAGCGUAACAGCCUUGCGACUGUUCUAUUAUUCCCACUUUGUGAUCAGGCAAGACCAUGGUUUCCGUUCUCCACGCGAACCUCAUCAGUUGCCGGGUUGGCUUUAUGCUUAGUUGCUUCUACAAGAGCAAUGCUAGUUAUUUGUUCUGUGCUGUUAUGUGUUCUGCUCUAGUUAUCUGUUCUGUAAAUUGUGGUUAUGUCGAGUGUUGAUAGCGACUGGCGCGUUUUUGACAGAUGUUGACAGAGUUCCAUGGAAGAGCCAAUCAGAGUUUUGCGUUGUGAGAGCAACGCAUUAGUUCAAAAGCUUGGGCUUUGUCUGUAGUCCCUCAUUUUUCUCUCUCCCCGCCGCGUGUCGCCUUUUCUCGCGAUGGUGAUUUUCACGCGCGCUCGCGUUUCGCUCGCUCUACUAUCCCUGAGGUAAAAUGGGGGACUACUCGUAGUCUACACGUGUGCAGCAAAGGAAAUGGGAGACGUCUGCACGCAGGUAAGAUACCUGGCCAUCGGCCCACAUCAUUAGUGGCCCUUCCCUCGGUUUUAUGUUACCCUUAACUAUAAAACUGUCACAAAUUUUCGACCUAAAAGUGAAGUAGGCUAAAAAAGUUAUUCUAGUCUCGUCGUUGUAUAAUAAUUUUCGUCAGAGUAAAUUUACAAGCUGGAAUAUUAUUUUUUAUUAAAAACUGAAUCAUUGGAUAAUGCAAUUCUAGCAUUUUGAUUGGCUUAGCCGUCAUGGUAUAUUUAACAAUUAUUUCUCGAGGGUGCGUGGGAUAUAAGAUGAUUAUAGCCAACUCGGCUCUACGCGCCUCGUUGGCUAUCUAUCAUCUCAAAUCCAACGCACCCUCGUGGAAUAAUUGUUAAAUAUGUUACACUUCAAACUUUUACUCAGGUUAAAUUUUUUAACUCAGGUUGAUUAUUCAUGAAUAGUUAUGGUCAGAAGACAAAGGCAACAGAGAAUCAACCUUGAUCUGUAACAAACAUGUCAAUUUGAGAUUGCAAUGAAUCACUAAAGCUGCAUUAUAGCAAAAUGAUAUUUCCUCUUCCCCCUUUCGCAGCGAAACGACUGGUUGUGAAGGUUGUGAUACUCGGCACCAGUUAAAUUCCUUGCUGGAAGCAUGCUUUAUUUUAAACGUACAGUUAGGAACUAAGGCAGGGUCUUCAGGAAAAGAAUUGUGGACGUUAAGUCCUUACUUCUAUUGUAUAUAUUUUAUUUUUCAGGUGUUUGAAAAGCUUCUUCUUGAUCAUGACUGGAGUUUAAACGCUGGCAACUGGAUGUGGCUAUCUGCAAGUGCGUUUUUUCACGCUUAUUUCAGAGUGUACAGUCCGGUAGCGUUUGGCAAGAAAACAGAUCCUAAUGGAGAAUAUAUCAAGUAAGGGGUAGCCUGCGUAGCUGGCGGUAUUGUGUAGUAGUCGAGUGAGAUUUGGCGGCGAAGCCGUUGUAAUAUAGUCGAGUACCGCCAGCUACGCAGGCUAGUAAGGUGGACUAUAACCCUGGGUGCCAGAGACUUUUCAUGCGCGAUAACAGCUGUUGUCAAGUCUUUAUAGUGAUCUGCCGCUCGUGGCUUCGCCCUUUGGCCGAAGCCGAAGUUGUGUCGCCGUCAACGAAGCACCCCGUCGUACGCGAGAAAAAAUCCUCUGAUUCCUAGUGUAGUAGUCUGCUACACAGCCGUUUUUAGUGUCGUCACGCAACGCUCCUCCCCUUGCGUGACGACACUAAAAACUACUAUGUAGCAGACUACUGGUGUAGUGGAUUAUAGACAUGCGGUUUUAAUUUAAAGAACAUUUGGUAUAAUCUUUAAUGUAACUUCCUUUCCUCUUCAGGAAAUAUUUGCCUAUUCUAAAGAAGUAUCCACCAAAAUACAUCUAUGAACCUUGGACUGCUCCUCUUAGUGUACAGAAAGCAGCUGGAUGUAUGAUCGGUAGAGACUAUCCUAAACCAAUCGUGGAUCAUAAAGAGGCCAUGAAAACCAACAUUGAAAGGAUGAAAAAGGCGAGAGCAAAACAGUAUAGCGGCGCUGCAGACGAUCAAGGUACAGUCAGUAUUAGAUAACAUCAAAUAAUGGCUUGUUUAUUUGUCAUGUUGUGCUUGCUAACGUGGAGGGAAGAACGCGUCCGAUGAGGAAAUCUCUCGGCCGAUUUUAUAGUUACACGUUGUCCUGUUUUCGCAACAUUAUAUUCGGUCUUCGGAAUUAUUCAUAUUUGACAUCAAGAGGGAGGUGUGGUUCGAAAGAGAUGAGGGUGAAGGAAUUUGCUGUAGAAAAUACACAGUGAGACCUCACUCCAAAUUGCCUGGAACAACUGUUGCACGAAAAUCAGUGCGUCCUUCCCAACACACCAGGAAAGCUGCAUAAGAGUAGGAGGAGGGGGAAGGGGGUAGCCUGGAACAAGACAGAUCCCAACGCCUCCUUCAAUUCUCCAAGUUAGUAUUGCCCAUAAUACACCUCCCCCCACUAAUCUUGCGCAAGCAUUGCUCUUAUGAGAGCUUACGAAUCGACGAUUUUGCAAACACAAAAGGCAAACUGUUGUGGAGGAGGGGGAGAAAAGACGGUGUACUAUGGGCAAUGCGAAAUAGACAGAUAUGUCAACGUUUUAAUGAGAGCACCGCAUUCCUUACCUCGUUGCGAUGAAUCUCGACAACAGCAAAUUGACAGGUUUAUUUAGGAAAGGACAAAAGGCCUGAUUGUUCAAUCCUUUUAAGGUUCUGAUGAAGAAAGCCAAAGCAAACCUGUGAAAAGGAAGAUCAGCAAGCAAGCCUCACCGAGCAAAAAGUCAAGGAAAAUAACUGAUUUCCUCAAGAAGUGA